GGCUGCGCUCUUCUGUAAGGAGCGCACUUACAUUGAUAGUCACUGCGCUGCUCUAUCAGGACCUACAGCUGAAAAAAAAGGCUUCAAAGUUUCAAACAAUCAUUUUUUGUUCCUUUUCUUUGUUUAAACCGCUGAAAGAUCCAGUUUUUUGUUUCGUUUCUUCUGUCUUUAUUUUUGUUUGUUUGUGCCAUGGACGUCCAGUUCUUCUUCCUCCUGGUUACCGCACUGCUGUCUUGCGCAGCCUCAGAGGACGGUGUGUCAGUGAAGAUCCUGGCCUCUGCUGGAGAAUCGGUCAUCCUGCCCUGCCGCACGGACGUCAGCGGCGACUUCCCUACAGUGGAGUGGUCCAAGGAAAGUCUGGAGCGAGGCAUCGCCUUCCUGUACCGUGAUGGCUGUGAGACUCACGAGAUGAAGAAUCUGGUCUUCAGGUACAGAACAAACCUCUUCAUGAACGAACUGAUGAAGGGAAACAUCUCGCUGAGGAUUUCCAGCCUGCGGCUCUCUGAUACAGGAACAUACAUCUGCAAGACCAUCCUGAAGAAAGCCCAGAAGGUUUUUAAAGUGGAGCUCUUUGUCGGAGCAGUUUCUGAGCCCAGACUCUCAGUUGUUCCAGCUGUGGGAGGAGGAGGAGGAGUGACUCUGCAGUGUGAAGCCAACUGCUGGUUCCCGGAGCCUGAGGUAACGUUUCUAGACCAUCAGGGAAACAGCAUCAGCACUGAAGACCCAAAGAGCAAUCUGGAUUCCAGGGGAUGUUUCACCGUCACGAGCAGACUGACUGUGCAGGCUGACACCAACAGGAGAAUCUGCAGAGUUCAUCAGCCUCAGAUAAACCAAACGAGGGAAACAGAUAUUUACAUACCAGCGUGUGGACAGAAAUUGCCAGCAUCCAUCCUUCAUGACAAAGAUGAGAUCAUCCGCCAACUAACUGAAGAACUCAGUGACCUCCGAUCUAAGCAGAGUCCUGUUGUGUGCCAGCCUACUAACAGUCCUUCCAGAUCCUCACCAGACAUUUCAAAACCCAUUAACCAACCCUCACAGCAGUUUCCCCAAGAGAACAACCAAAACCCAGCGGGCUCAAUCAGCAACCGUCCAAAAUCGGGCAACAAAGACUCAAAACCUGGAGUCUCGAGACAAAGUCCAGCACCGCCCCUCCUGAACCCAAGCAGCAGUCACAACCACAGCAUGCCUGCUCUUUUUACAGAUAAUGCCGACGUGUUGCCCACUACUUCUUCAGCCUUUCCAGAUCAAAACCACGUUGUCCGUGCGAUGAGCCUGUCUGAGUCUCGGCCUCAUUCGAACGGUGCCAGGCCUCAACGUAGGUACACCAUGGCAGCAACUUCUAACCGCUUCAGUCCUCUGGAGAAUCUGCCGGAAGAUUCUGAGCCCUUGCUGUAAUGAGAACAGCAGAAAUGUGAUCAGGUGAAACUAAAAUCUGACGUGAACCACUUACAGCUGUCAGUUGGGUGGGAGUUUUCGUACAAAUAGCUGGUGUUACAGAUGUUUUACAAAAUACUUGGUACCCAUAGUAACUUUGGGUACUAACUGAAGUUGGCAGCAAAGAAUUUAUCAGCAGAUAUCCCAAAAACCUUGGCAAAUAAACAAGGGAUGUGACGCCAAAUCGCCCCAAAUGGUCGACUCUAUCUCAGCAUUUGUCUUAAAACCGAGGGUGUGUUGAGCCAUUUUUAACCCACAAACUGCAACUGCGGAAUUAUUUGUAUGAGGUUGUGACUUACAGCUGUCAGUUGGGUGGGAGUUUGGUUGGUU